AUGGACUCGGCGCUUCAGGCCCGCUUGUUUCCCGGUCUCGACAUCAAGAUCCAACGCAGUAACGGCCUAAUUCACAGUGCCAAUGUAAGGACUGUGGACCUGGAGAAAGCCUGUGUUUCAGUGGAAUGGAUAGAAGGAGGUGCCACAAAGGGGAAAGAGAUUGAUUUUGAUGACGUGGCUGCAAUAAACCCAGAACUCUUACAGCCUCUUCCCUUACACCCGAAGGAUAAUCUGCCUCUGCAGGUGAAUGUGCUGAAACAGAAGCGAAAAUCAGUCAACUCCAAAAUUCCUGCUCCAAAGGAAGGUCUCCGAAGCCGCUCCAGUCGCAUGUCCACUCUCUCAGAGGUUCGCAUUACCCCUAAGGAGGAUGUUAUGGAGGUGGACCUGCCCGUGCGUGCCAAUUCCCGCAAGCAGUUCUUAGUUCCUACUGGCCCCCCUAGGAACUCCUGCCCUGCAGUGGCUGGAAUACCAUUUCCGAUGGUCAGCGAGGAGGUAGACGAGCAAGUCCAUUCCGUGCGAGGCAGCUCUGCUGCAAACCCGGUGAACUCAGUUCGGAGGAAAUCAUGCAUUGUGAAGGAAAUGGAAAAAAUGAAGAACAAACGAGAAGAGAAGAGGGCCCAGAUCUCUGAAAUGAGAACCAGGCGAGCUCAGGAAUAUGACAACAGCUUUCCAAACUGGGAAUUUGCCCGGAUGAUUAAAGAAUUUCGGGCCACCUUGGAUUGUCAUCCCCUUACUCUGACUGAUCCUAUAGAAGAGCACAGGAUAUGCGUUUGUGUUAGGAAACGCCCGCUGAAUAAACAAGAAUUGGCCAAGAAAGAAAUUGACGUGAUUUCCAUUCCUAGCAAGUGUCUCCUCUUCGUACAUGAGCCCAAGUUGAAAGUGGACUUAACAAAGUAUCUGGAGAACCAGUCAUUCUGCUUUGACUUUGCAUUUGAUGAAACAGCUUCAAAUGAAGUCAUCUAUAGGUUCACAGCAAGGCCACUGGUGCACACCAUUUUCCAAGGCGGAAAAGCGACCUGUUUUGCCUAUGGCCAGACAGGAAGUGGCAAGACGCAUACUAUGGGCGGAGGCCUCUCUGGGAAAGCCCAGAAUGCAUCCAAAGGAAUCUAUGCAAUGGCCUCCCAGGACGUCUUCCUCAUGAAGAGUCAGCCGCGCUACCGGAACAUGGGCCUGGAAGUCUAUGUGACAUACUUUGAGAUCUAUAAUGGGAAGGUGUUCGAUUUGCUGAACAAGAAGGCCAAGCUGCGCGUGCUGGAGGACGGGAAGCAGCAGGUGCAGGUGCUGGGGCUGCAGGAGCACCUGGUGAACUGUGCUGAGGAUGUCAUCAAGAUGAUCGACAUAGGCAGCGCCUGCAGGACCUCUGGGCAGACCUUUGCCAACUCCAACUCUUCCCGCUCCCAUGCCUGCUUCCAGAUUCUCCUUCGAGCCAAAGGGAGAGUGCAUGGCAAGUUCUCUUUGGUGGAUCUGGCAGGGAACGAGCGAGGUGCAGACACUUCCAGUGCUGACCGGCAGACCCGCAUGGAAGGCGCAGAGAUCAACAAAAGUCUCCUGGCUCUGAAGGAGUGCAUCAGGGCCCUGGGACAGAACAAGGCUCACACCCCAUUCCGAGAGAGCAAGCUGACACAGGUGCUGCGGGACUCCUUCAUCGGGGAGAACUCGAGGACCUGUAUGAUUGCCAUGAUCUCUCCAGGCAUAAGCUCCUGCGAAUAUACUUUAAAUACACUAAGAUACGCAGACAGGGUCAAGGAGCUGAGCCCCCACAGUGGGCCCAGUGGGGAGCAGCCAGUUCAAAUGGAAACAGAAGAGACAGAAGCCAGCUUUCAGGAGUCUCUGAGCACAACCAAUUUUUCCAAGGAAGAAGAGGAACUGUCUUCCCAGAUGUCCAGCUUUAAUGAAGCCAUGACUCAGAUCAGGGAGCUGGAGGAGAGGGCCAUUGAAGAGCUCAAGGAGAUUGUCCAGCAAGGGUCAAGCUGGGUUGAGCUGGCCGAGAUGACCGAGCAGCCCGACUAUGACCUAGAGACGUUUGUGAACAAGACAGAAGCUGCCCUGGCCCAGCAAGCCAAGCACUUCUCAGCCCUGCAAGAUGACAUCAAGGCCUUACGCUUGGCCAUGCAGCUGGAAGAACAGGCCAGCAAACAAAUAAGCAGCAAGAAACGGCCCCAGUGA